CGGAAUGUGAUGCAGUUCCGGUGCAGGCUCAGCCAGUCCAAGGCUCAGCCGAGCCAUUUGCUCUGCUUUGGUCAGCGUCGCAGAGGACAGCCCCGUCUAGUUAUCGCCUUUUUGUCGUCCACCUCGACCACCUCAACGAGCGCAUGCAGAUUGACGCUGCACCCCCUCAUUACUCUGCCGGUGACGCCUCGACACAAUCGGAGCAUGGUGGAGGCCCACAGCUCGUCUUGGUCCCAGCCGCGGACGCGAUCAACUUUCAGAAAGGAUAUCUCGGCGCUGACGACGAACAUGCAGCCAUCGAGGGCGAAUUGCAAGUUAAAGGCAUUGAAGAGGGUGAAUGGGACAAAGUGACGAUCACACUCCGCACCGUGGAGGCGGCGUACGACCACGAGAUCGAGCUGUUCAGCAAGCAGGUCGUCCUCUUCGACACUUUUGGCGGCAGCCAGCCCAUCCCGUCUUCCUUCCCUUUUGCCAUCCCCCUGACUUCGGAUGUGCCCCAGUGCAUUCAUACUCCCCACUCAUCCCUCGCCCAUAUUCUUACCGCGACUCUCCAUCCAACCGCCUCCUCUCGUCUCCCCGUCUCCAAGACGCUGACGGUGCACACAAAACGGUACACGUCCCAUACCCAUAACAUCCCUCCGUCACCCCUCGUCCAUACGUUAGACAACCCUGCUCGAGUUGAGGUAGAGUUGCCCCGCGACACAUUCCACGUCGGUGAACCAAUACCUGUCUAUGUUACCAUUCCUUCUCCACCGCGGGAUGUUGUCGUUAAUGCAGGUUUGCGACUCCGCAACGUCAAGACGGAGCUGAUACGGUCUGUCAAGGCCAGGCGGGGCGCUGUUGAUGAACACGAGCCUAACUCAGAUGACGAGGCUGAUGCUGACGAAGGACCUAGCGUCGAUCAACACGUACAAGGCUCCUCGUCCAUGGUGCACUCGGCUGAAAAGCUCCAGUCGCCUCUGUUCAUGGGAGCAUCUUAUAGGACAGUCGUAUCGAAGUCGGGUGCAUCUUGUCGCUUUCACUCGUCGAGAGCCAUCAAGCUACGCUUUGUGCUGCACCAAUCCUCGCCCUCUGCGUCUCCCUCGGACCAUACGCGCGAGUUUGACGAGUAUAGAUCCAUGGAGAGUGAUACGCAAUGUGUAUCGAUCACGCAGACGACGUUGCUCCAUACAGUUACCUUCCGGCUGUUCGUUCAUGUCUCGUUUGUCGACACAACCAACCACACCGAGCGCCUGUUCUCAAUUGCGAUUCCUCUCAAUAUGAUCCCGCCUCCGGCCCCAUUACCACAAGUCGAACAAUCAAUGGACGCCGCUUACCAAAAGAAACACGAUCGGCCCCCUGCUAUGACAGUCCGCCAUGAAGACAACGAAGCUUCGGCGCCUCAUUAUCAGGAAGGCGAGGCAGGUCCCAGCUAUGUCAACAACUCUGCACCGCCCCCUUUUGAAGAUCGCGAGCAGCCACCACCUCCGUUUUGGCAAGCAAGCCCCUCGACGUCGUCACGACUCCCUACGUUCUUGGAGUCCGAGGCGGAGAUUCUAGUUCCGGAAGAUGCGGCCGAUCACCUUGCACCUCCGCCUUUACCACAACCCAUGAUUCCCGGAGAAGGAGUUUUGUUUGGCUUCCCCGCGUCCCAGCACUUCGAUGGCCACGCAGAAGACACUCGGCGGCCUACCACUCCUCCACCUAGCCUUGAAAUGGCAACACAAGACACAGAUGUGACAGAGCUUGCUGACAUGGGCCAGCCGGUGCGUGCUGUGGAGGCGCUGGGGCUUGUAUUGGACCGCGUAGAAAACUCAAGUGGAGAUCAACCCCCGCCUCCUCCUGCGCUCGAUGACCCCGCGGACCCGCCACCAUCGAUCGAUUCAGACUUCCGGAUGCCUGGUGACCAGCAGCACCCCUCUUCUCCUUCGCCUGGUAUCAAUUACUCCCAGUCCGAACAGCGACAGUCGCCACCACCGCAUAUAUCCAAUGUCGAAGGUCAUCUUCCCCAUCCUCAUGCUCCGCCACCGUAUCUGAACCCUGGAAGUGAGCAUGAAUCGGAGAACACCUUGAGACCUCCACCUUACGCAGACCUGGACAUGGCGCCUCGAUAAAACGUGUGAUUAUAGAAGUAAUCAACCUGCAUUGUAUAAUAUUUUUGUUACCGCUGAUAGCAAGGACGCUGUCUGCGAGGUCUAACGUCAAGCCAAGUGUACUCAUAAUUGUGUUGAAAGCAUGUUAUAAUGUAUCAAACGCAACUACGGAAGCACAGAUCCAACAUGAAAAGUAAAAGGUGUAUACUAAAAGACAUCCGAU